GUCAUUCCUGAGCCAGACUGCAAAAACUACACAAUUGAGAAAGACGACACCAGAGACUCAUUGACUGGGUUUGAAUAAAGAACAAGGCAGCCCACUGUAGGACGACAGACAUCAUGACACAGGGCAAGUUGUCACUUGCAAACAAGUCCACCAAUGGCUCCCCAAGUGGACAGGCAUUGGUGCCCCCUGCUCCUCCCAGCUAUGAGGAAGCCACUGCGGGCACCAGUGCCCCUUGCUACAAUGAUGCAGAGAUGCUCACAGAGUUCACGUGGGAUGAUCGGAACAUCAGGAGGAUCUUCAUCCGUAAGGUGUAUGCCAUCCUGAUGAUCCAGCUUUUGGUAACUCUUGCUAUUGUGGCUCUUUUCACUUUCUGUGACCCUGUUAAGGACUACAUUCAAAGCAACCCAGGGUGGUACUGGGCCUCUUACGUUGUGUUCUUUGUUACUUACCUGACUCUGUCUUGCUGCUCUGCACCAAGGAGACAGUUUCCAUGGAAUCUGAUCCUGCUUGCAAUCUUUACGCUGUCCCUCUCCUACAUGACAGGGAUGCUGUCCAGCUUCUAUAACACCAAAUCAGUGGUACUGUGUCUGGGCAUCACAGUAGCAGUCUGUCUCCUUGUCACAGUCUUCAGCUUCCAAACUAAGGUUGAUGUGACAUCAUACCAAGGUGUUUUGUUUGUCUUCUGCAUGGUCAUGUUCAUUUCUGGACUGGUGCUUGCAAUCGUCCUUCCCUUUCAAUAUGUACCUUGGUUGGAUGCCAUCUACGCUGCCUUGGGAGCCAUACUGUUUACCAUGUUUUUGGCAUUUGACACCCAGCUCCUAAUGGGGAAUAAGCGAUACACCAUGAGUCCAGAAGAAUACGUCUUUGCCACCCUCAACAUCUACUUAGAUAUUGUCUACAUCUUCUCCUUCUUCCUCCAAAUAUUUGGAACAAAACAGGAGUAAAUCAGCUAUCAUCCUAGCUUUCUGGUGUACAGACAAGGGAUGCAUCAGUUUGGACAUUAAGUAGACACAAUGAGAGUCUUAUUUUGGUGAUUGUGAUGACAAAUCUUCCAAUUGUAACAGCUUUAUUUUUUGCCUGAUAAUGAUACUGGUUGUGAAGACUUUGUGAAUCUCGUGUACAAAUAAACAUGUACAUAGCCAAUAUCCACACCCAAGAUGUCUACAACCUUUCCCUCCUCUCUAGCAUGUUGUGGACUUAUAGUGUGUUAUGGGGCUAGUUUACCAGCUUAAAACAUUCAGUGGUCUUCCCCAUUUGACGUAGAUAAAACAUACUGUGAGUGUCCAUCUGAAGCCGUAUGGGUGUCUUCAUAUCCAUGCCUGCAUAGGUUUCACAAACAAUAGAUGCCAAUACUCAUUAAGAGGUAUUUUUCUCCAGUACAUUAUGCAUGACUU